CAGAGUUUGAUAGAUGUCUGGAUAUUAAGGGCCACGGGAGCAGUGCAAGAGAAUGGCACUGAGUAUCAGUGAGCUGUAUGAAUGUGACUACCUGUUCAAGUUGCUACUGAUUGGAGAUUCUGGGGUUGGGAAGUCUUGCUUGCUGCUUCGAUUUGCUGAUGACACCUACACAGAGAGUUACAUCAGCACCAUUGGAGUUGACUUCAAGAUUCGAACCAUUGAGUUAGACGGCAAAACCAUCAAACUACAAAUUUGGGACACUGCCGGUCAGGAGCGAUUCCGGACCAUCACAUCGAGUUACUACAGAGGAGCUCACGGGAUCAUUGUUGUGUACGAUGUUACAGAUCAGGAGUCCUACAAUAACGUCAAGCAGUGGCUUCAGGAGAUCGACCGGUACGCCAGCGAAAACGUCAACAAGCUGUUAGUCGGAAACAAAUGUGACCUCACAACGAAGAAGGUGGUGGAUUACACAACAGCGAAGGAAUUUGCGGACUCGCUGGGCAUCCCCUUCCUGGAGACAAGCGCCAAGAAUGCCACCAAUGUGGAACAGGCCUUCAUGACCAUGGCGGCCGAGAUCAAGAAGCGGAUGGGUCCGGGGGCAACAGUGGGCAGUGAGAGGCCCAACCUGAAGAUCGACAGCACUCCCGUCAAGUCCAGCGGAGGCAGCUGCUGCUGAGAGUCGAGCAGGCGAGCCCUGGGGUGUGGGGAGGGGCGGGGAGGGGGAGGCAGUGGCUGUGUGCAUGCGUGAGACGGGCGCAGGGCUGGGGGUGCUCUUUUGCCUUGGGGGGCGGGGGGGGCACUGGUUCUUUCCUUCCCUGCUACGCCGGGGUAUCCUGAGGGCAUCCCCUUCACUCCCUGCACCCUGCCGUUCCUGUUCCCCCCUUCCCAUCCCCUGUCCCACGAGGCAACGUCACACCUACCCCGAGACUAGCGAACGCAUAGCACAGGCUGCAUCACCCCCCCCUCAGUGUUUUCCACCCCCCCCCCCCACCCCCGUCUCUCUCCUGCAUGGGACUUGGGGUGAACCGAGGGCUCCGUCCAGUUCAGAGUGCGUCCGACCACUGGUUUCCAGCCUUCUGCCCCCUCCUCCCUCCCUCCCCCUCCCCUUCCUCCCUCCCCUUCCCUGGUUCCUCUGUUACUCUACACUGCUUCCACCCCACCAAGUAAAACUCUGGGACUCAAUUCAACACCCCACCCCUGGGGUAGAUCCUUCCUGGGGAGGUCCUCAUCUCCAGGCCUCACACUCCCCAGAGAGAGGUAGGAGGACUACACUCACUACCCCCCCCCCCCACCCCACAGGCACUAUUGAGGGUGGGGGAAGGGGGUGUGUUCACCCACCCCGAGCUUGUGGGAAGUUGUGGGGCAGGGGGUGUGUGGGAAGGAACUAAUUGAUCCCCCCUCCCCAAAGAGAGAGGUGUGUGGGGAGGAAGGAGCUCUGUGCAAUGCCACCCAGGGGCGAAUAGCUCGGCGUCUCACAGGAAGCGAGGGGCAAGUGACCUCCUGUCCCGUCUGGCUAACAUCCCGCUCUCCCUCCUGUCCAUCUUCUCCUCUAUUGACACGCCCUCACCCUCCCUGUCCCUCCCCCUUGUCCCUCCAUCCCUCCAACCCCCUUCCCACUCCCUUCCUCCCCUCCAAACCCCCUUCCCCUUCCCUCCCCUUCAACCCCCCUGUACACUCUCCCUCUAAGCCCCCCUUCCUCAGUUGUCCUCUCCUUCCCCGCCUGCACCCCCGCGCUCCCUCUCCACCCUCUCCCCCCCACCACCCCCCCCCCCCCCCCACUGCUCUGUAUAUAAUAGGUCUGUCUCUCCGAGCUGACUUGUGCUUUGAAUGUAAGCACAGGUGUGGGCAUCUUCCUUUUUGUAUAAAACAGACAAACCCACUGGUUUCCUGCAGUUACUGUCAAAGAUGGUUCACGGUUAUCAUGAUUUUAGAACCCUGUGGCUUUAUAGAACUGAAAUAAAGUCUCUCCUGGAUCUGU